GGGAUGCCCGCGUGAGGCUCGGUGUGCACGUUGCGAACGCAAGAGGGCGCUGCAGGAUCGGGGCAGGAUGCGGGCAAGGAUGGCAGCCACAGAGGCCGUGCACCACAUCCACCUACAGAACUUUUCUCGCUCGCUACUGGAGACUCUCAACGGGCAGAGGCUAGGCGGUCACUUUUGCGAUGUGACCGUGCGUAUCCGUGAGGCUUCUCUGCGUGCUCAUCGCUGUGUGCUGGCCGCGGGCUCACCCUUCUUUCAGGAUAAGCUGCUGCUUGGCCACUCAGAGAUUCGUGUGCCACCAGUGGUGCCUGCGCAGACAGUGCGCCAGCUGGUCGAGUUCCUGUACAGCGGCUCGUUGGUGGUGGCACAGGGCGAAGCACUGCAGGUACUCACUGCAGCGUCGGUGCUUCGCAUCCAGACCGUCAUUGACGAAUGCACACAGAUUAUCGCUCGUGCCCGUGUCCCCAACACCCCGGCGCCUGCGCCUCUGCCACCACCCGUGCCCCCUCCACUCGCACCGGCGCAGCUGCGCCACCGGCUUCGCCACUUGCUGGCCGCCCGCCCCCCAGGCCAUCCCAACGCCGCGCACAGCCGCAAGCAGCGCCAGCCUGCGCGUCUUCAGCUACCUGCACCCCCAGCACCCAUCAAGGCCGAGGGGCCUGAUGCAGAGCCAGCGCUGACUGCCGCCCCUGAAGAUAGAGGUGAAGAGGAUGACGAUGAGGAGACGGAUGAAGAAACCGACGCUGAAGAAGGUGAAGGCGGAGGCGGUGGCCCGGGUGAAGGCCAGGCUCCCCCUGCCUUCCCCGACUGUGCAGGGGGCUUCCUUACCGUUGCAGCUGACAGCGCUCGAGAGGAUCCCCCUGCAUCCACUGGCAUCACUGAUUAUGGUGGUGCCGGGAGAGAGUUCCUUCGGGGGACUGGGGUCACUGAAGAUGUGUUCCCAGAUAGUUACGUGUCAGCUUGGCACGAGGAAGGCAGCGGAGGUCCAGAAGGUUGUCCAGUGGAAACGUCUGCUCCACCCGACUGUGCCCUGGCUGGGCCUCGCCCGACCGGUGUGAAGACCCCUGGUCCCCCCGUGGUUCUCUUUCCCUUUCACUUGGGUGCUCCGGGUCCCCCAGCGCCAACACCUCCUACUCCAUCUGGGCCAGCCCCUGCACCCCCACCCACCUUCUACCCCACCCUCCAGCCAGAUGCAGCCCCCAGUGCUCAGCUGGCAGAAACGCAGGCUUUGCCUGCAGCCCCUGCUGCUCAGGCUACAGCCAUCUCAGGCACUCCUGUGCGCGCCCCCGGUGCCCCAGGUGCUGAGCAACCGGCCUAUGAGUGUAGCCACUGCCGCAAGACAUUCAGCUCGCGGAAAAACUACACCAAGCACAUGUUCAUCCACUCUGGGGAGAAGCCACAUCAGUGCGCUGUGUGUUGGCGAUCCUUCUCUCUACGUGACUACCUGCUCAAGCAUAUGGUCACACACACUGGUGUGCGAGCCUUCCAGUGUGCAGUGUGUGCCAAGCGCUUCACUCAGAAGAGCUCACUCAACGUGCACAUGCGCACACAUAGGCCUGAACGUGCGCCCUGCCCUGCCUGCGGCAAAGUUUUCUCACACCGGGCACUGCUGGAAAGACACCUGGCAGCUCACCCUGCACCUUGAUAGAGAGCCAGCUUCACACCGCUGGCUGGUGUAGUCAGCCGCCUUGGACUAGGUCCACUCCAGCAGAAGGCUCCUGCUCUGGAGUACGGACCCUUUCCCUUCCCUACUCUGACCCUGUUUUCCCUGUGGACUUGGGACCCAGAACCCUAUUUCUCUCCUACACUUGCUUAGCUUCUCUCGAUGGGAGAGCGAGAUGAUCAGGGCCCCUCGCACCUCAGAGACCAUUUCCAGGUUGAGCUGGGCAAACACAUUCUUGGAACCUGAUGCUGGAUUUGUGACCCAACCCCUGCCAGGUAUGGUGUCUAGAGUUGUCCUUUGCCCCUGUGCUGGGCUAGAAUUCUCUGACCUCACCCCCAGUCUGGAGCCACCCUUCCCUCAUUGGGCACCUAUGGAGGCCCAGAUGGACCUACCUUGGGACUUUAGGAUUCCAGUCUAAUAAAGGACAUCGGGCCAGUACAUGCCUCGUAGGCUUUCUGGGCUGUGGGGUUGGGGCUUGGUCCCUGUGUCCCUGACUCACACUUUUGCAGUGCCCUGAGAUUUCCUGAGCAGGUAGGUGCAAUUUGGUUUGAUAUCCUAGUCUUGUAUUUUGGGAUUUAGGUGGGUAGGUAGGCUUCAUAUAUAACAGUCCUGAAGUGUUCAGCCCUGUGGGCAGGGGAGUCCCAGUCCCAAUGUUGGCUGUUACAUUUCGACAAUGCAGAAAUAAAACCCCCUUUCAACCAGAAACCCUUUAGCUUUAAAAUUCCACCUCCCCCAUUUUGACAGACAUGAAUAUUGGACACCUACUUGUGAGAUGCUCAGGAGGGUUCUUUGGGGGCCAGGCUGCUUUGAGGGCAUUUGAACCCUGGAUGUUAAGCACUAAGUACUAGAGAACCCAGAGUGAACUGGAUGGCUGUGUCAGGUGAAUGGGAAGCCAAAAUGGUUAGGACCCAGCUUGCCAAUUGAAUAUCCUAAUGAUCUAGUGUCAAAGAAACCAGUGUUAGAUCUGUUAUCAGCUCAGAGAGGCAUCAUCCUCCCUGUCUCCUUCCCAUACCUUACGCAUCUGUACCUAACUGUAAGGAUCUGGUGGUUAUCCUGCAAGGCCAGGCCCCAGCCCUGCCUGUGUCUUCUGGGCCUAUAGGGUUCCUCUGUGGCUGGGUAUCAAAAGCAUUGCUCAGCCUCUGAGUCCCAGUGUUGUGAAAUCUGCUUAGAUUCAGCACAACUCAAAUAGCAAGUUAAAACAAAACAAACAUGUAAUCAAUCAGCUACUGAUAGAUCAGGAAUGCAGACUUGGGAGCCGAACUGCAACUCCCUGUCCCACCCUCAGCCAGAAUGUUGCAGAGCUUUUAAGCCUUAAUUGUGGAUUUUUGCAAUAUCAAAAUAAAGUACCUUUUUGGUUUCAAGAUCA